AGCGUUACAAAACCUGCACUCAUAACUGGUUGUGUAAAAGGAAACAGCGGAGCCGCGCUGGAAGCUGAAUGCUGCGCGGCGCGACGCGGAGCUCGUCCUUCGCUCUGUUCUUGAAGACCGGGUCCAGCUCUGCUCUGCGCUCCCUCAUCACUCCCACCAUGUCCGACAAGAAGCGCAAGUCGACCUCCUCCUCCUCCGGGGAGCAGCCCGGCGCCAAGCAGCAGAAGAGGGAGAAGAAGGAGAGGAGCCGGGGCUGGUUGCGGAGCGAGCUGCAGCAGCAGCGAGCAGACAAUAAGGACAUGAAAUUCAACGAAAAGCGCCUGCGGUUCAUAUCUGAAGCCAGGAAGGUGAAGCAGGGGUCAGAGGGCGUCCUGUACUGGAUGUGGAGGGACCAGAGAGUCCAAGAUAACUGGGCGCUGAUCCACGCCCAGAGGCUUGCUGUGGAGGAGAGCCUCCCUCUGCACAUCUGCUUCUGUCUGACGGUUCCUGAGUCCCCCCUGUCCACACUGAGACACUACAGCUUCCUGCUCAAGGGCCUGGAGGAAGUUUCAAAGGAAUGCAGACCGCUGGACAUCCAGUUCCACCUGCUGCGCGGCGCUCCGGGCGAGGUCCUGCCCGGCUUCGUGUCGGAUCGCGGCUUCGGGGCGGUGGUGACCGACUUCUCCCCGCUGCGGGAGGCGGUGCAGUGGCUGCAGGACGUCCGCAAGGCGCUGCCAGAGGACCUCCCCCUCAUACAGGUGGAUGCUCAUAAUGUGGUUCCGUGCUGGGUGGCCUCGGCCAAGCUGGAGUACGCAGCGCGGACCAUCAGAGGGAAGAUCACCAAGCUUCUGCCCGAGUUCCUCACGGACUUCCCUCCGGUCGAGAAACACCCACACACUGCUGCCAGGACGGCCAAAGCGGUGGACUGGGCGGAGAUGCUGGCCUCGCUGCCGGUGGACCGGACGGUCGGGGAGCCGGAGUGGGCGGAGCCCGGCGCCCAGGCGGGCCUGGCCAUGCUGGAGUCCUUCAUGGACGAGCGCCUCCCGCUGUUCGGCGCUCAGCGGAACGACCCCAACGUGGCGGCUCUCAGCCAGCUGUCCCCCUGGAUCCGCUUCGGCCAGCUGUCGGCGCAGCGAGCCGCCCUGCAGGUGCAGCGCGGCGGGAAGAGCGCCGGCCAGUCGGUCGGCCCCUUCCUGGAGGAGCUGGUGGUGCGGCGGGAGCUGACCGACAACUUCUGCUUCUACAACCAGCAGUACGACAGCGUGGAGGGUGCGUACGAGUGGGCUCAGAAGACCUUGAAGGAUCACGCCAAAGACAAGCGGCCGUACCUGUACACCCGGGAGCAGCUGGAGAACGCCAAGACGCACGACAAGCUGUGGAACGCCGCUCAGUACCAGAUGACCAGCGAGGGGAAGAUGCACGGCUUCCUGAGGAUGUACUGGGCCAAGAAGAUCCUGGAGUGGACGCCGUCCCCCGAGGAGGCGCUGUCCAUCGCCCUGUACCUGAACGACCGCUACGAGCUGGACGGGCAGGACCCCAACGGCGUCGUGGGCUGCAUGUGGUCCAUCUGCGGCGUCCACGACCAGGGCUGGGCGGAGCGGCCCGUCUUCGGGAAGAUCCGCUACAUGAACUACAAGGGCUGCCUCCGCAAGUUCAACGUGGCCCAGUUCGAGAGGAAGUACUGCCCCAAGACCGCCUGAAGGGAAAGACGCGUCCGCGGCGGCCUCGGCCUCAGGGAGGGUUUUAUCUGCUUCUUUAUUCCUUCGGCUCGUUACUCAGACAUGAUUCGUUACCGAACUGUAAACAGUUUGUGGAAGUUUGCAGAGUUUUUAUUGCUUGAUAUUUUCUAAUAAUAUUUCUUGGUGCUUUUUUAAGUGAGUUUUUUUUUUUUUUUUAUAUAUUACAUGUCUUAUUUUACUGUCAUUUUCUAUUGUGGAGUUUGCAGUUGAUGAUGUUGCUGUCUGUUCUUGAAUUCACAUCCAAAUGUAAAGAAAUCUUUUGUUUUAUUACAUUUGUAAAACUUGAAAUACAGAACUCAUUACUGGAACACUGAAACGGCCUUUUUUUCCCCCCCAUAAGCUUUAUUUAACUCACAAUAAGUAAGACUUGCUUAAAUUUGAAUUUACC